AGUCUCUUCGCCCAGCGUGCUAUGUGCCGUCAGCGCUCACUGCGCAUGCGCACGCAAUCACAAAUAUGCCCGCUGCCUGACAUACAGUCGACAGCAAAUCAGCUGGAGCAAUAUGACGUGUUAGUUGACCAGAUAGUUUCUGUCCGUCCUUCUUUGUGCAGUUUGACGCUUGAGGCAGAGGUCAUGGCUGUUGAUUGUGGCGUGUUCGUGGACUGGUCUCAGAUGGGCGAUGUGAGUCACGACGCGACUCCCGGUAAGAUCGAAUAUAAAGACUUCAAGGAGCUGAAGCAGCACGCCCGCUCGGGCCAGUGGGCCAAAAAUCACAGCCAGCGCUCGGCCGUUUACCAGCAGCUGCUCAAAGCUCUGCCGUGUCGCACCGUCACGCCGGACGCCGCGGUUUACCGCGAUAUCGUAGGCAGUGCUAACAGCAAGCGCAACCCAUCCGCUUACCUCUUGCCAGAGUUUGUGGACGGGGUGGCAGUGCCACGCUACUGUCUGAAGGCCGAAUCUGUGGGAUCAGUGCAUGCUGUGAUUUCUUGCAUCGCAGGGCAGUUCCCAGAUAUCUCGUAUUGCCCGUCUUUACCGGCGGUGACCGCGCUACUGCUGCACUGGAGCGCCGAUGAAGCGCAGUGCUUCGAGAGCGUCAGCCGCAUGCUGGCCUGCAACGAACCCGGGCGCCGUUUAUUAGAUCAGACUUUCCUUGCAUAUCAAUCGGCCUGCAUGACCUUUGGCGACCUUGUGCAUAAAUACUGCCCGGGCGCGCAUAAACUGAUGGUGGCCACCGCGACAGACGUCCUGGAGGUUUACUCCGACUGGCAGCGAUGGGUUCUGGGCGACCUGCCUUUUAGCUUCGCUGCGCGUGUGAUGGACGUCUACUUGGUGGAGGGGUAUAAGGUCCUUUACCGCGUGGCGCUGGCGAUACUGAAGUUCUACCGCAAGCAGCGCAGCGCUGCAACAAGCUCGGCUUUAACCAAGCAGGACUCGGCGGCGAUCAGGAGCGAUAUACAGGCAUUCGUGCAGAAUAUCGGGAAAAGCGUGACGCCGGAAAAGCUGCUUGAAAAGGCCUUUUCCAUCCGCUUGUUCAGCCGGAAAGAGAUCACACUGCUGCAGCUGGCCAAUGAGAAAUCACUCCAGCAGAAAGGCAUCACCGUCAAACAGAAGAGACAAAAUGUGCAGUUAGCGGUGAACGCUGAUAAUUUCAGCUCGGAGAUCGUCAGCGCUAAAGAGAUCAGAGAUAUCUGGUCGUGGAUCCCGGAGCGUUUCGCUUUAUGUCAGCCGCAGCUGCUCUUCACCACAUCCACACACGGCUGCAGCCUCAACAGGUUUUAUUCUCACUGUGAGGGAUAUGAGCCGACGUUAAUGCUCCUCAGAACUACAGAUGGAGAGAUGUGUGGAGCCUUCCUGUCCACUGAUUGGGAGGAGCGGAAGAGGGGCGGGAACAAGCUCAGCUUCUUCGGCACUGGAGAGUGUUUCGUCUUUAAAAUGAAGCCGGAGAUGGAGCGUUACGAGUGGGUCAUCAUCAAACACCCGGAGCUGGCGAACUCGUCUCAAGCUGUAGAUGAUGAACAGACCGGAGCGAACGACAACGGUGGGCCGAAGUCUCUCGAGACACCGGCCACAGACGCGUCUCACCUGUCCCCAUUUCUCUCCGCAAGACACUUCAACCUCAACUCAAGGAACACCUCCAUGUUUAUGGCGGGAAACGUCGACUCCAUCAUAAUCGGAGGAGGUGAAGGUAACGCUCUGUACAUCGACUCGGAGCUGAACCACGGCCGAACCGAGCGCUGCCUGACCUUCGACAACCCACCGCUGUGUGCUGAGAGCUUCCAGAUCGCUCUUCUGGAGGUUUGGGGAUUCAAAGACGCCAUGGCUUCAUAAGAGCGGCUCCAUUGUGUUGUGAUAGACGUCUCUUCAUGUAGGUUGUAACAGAAACAUGAUGCUCCUCCAGUGCACUAAAACAUCCGUCCCGAGCUCCAGUGAAGAUGAAGUUUAGUGUGUAUAUUUAUCUAUUUAAAACAUAUCUCAAGGUUUAUUUUGAUUCAUUUCAUAUCAUCAGAAAGCCUGUGUUGAUCUAGUCCGGAAAUGAAGUUAUGUAUUGAAGGAUUCAGUAUUUUGCUUUUUCUGCAGUAACAUUGGAGACUUUCAUGUUUAAUCAAAACCAAGACUUUAUUGAUGUGAUUCCAGCAAAUUGUCAGAUAUCUGUCAUCUGUGGUGCUAAACACACCGAUAUAUAAUUUUUUAAAAAAAUUAUGUAUUUUCAUUAUGGGGUGAAAUAUGACCCCUGGUAUUUAUCAUGAUUUACACGAUCAAAGUUUCUCUGUCCCCAAUCCCUCUGUUUUUUAUGGAAGCCCGUCUACUUUUGCAACUUUUUCUUUUGCAAUUUCAUGAUAUAAGCUCACAGUUUUAUUACGAAGUUAGAAUUGCAAGAUAUAACCAAAAUUGCAUUGCGAGUUUAUAUCUUGCAUUUCUGACUUAAUUUUUUUUUUAAUUGUAAGUUUAUAACUUACAAUUAUAAUUAUUUUUUGCAGUUGCAAGUUUAUUUCUCCGAUUUGUGUUCAUAUCUUGCAAUUCUGAUUAAUUAUUCGAAAUUUUUAAUUUAUAACUCACAAUUCUGCAUAAUUGUGAGUAAUCACAAUUCAGAGAAGAAAAAAAUCUGAAUUGUGAGAAAAUAAUUUUUUUAUUCAGAAAUGGGCUUCCAUAGUUCUUCUGUGCAGCUUUGUGCCACUUGGGAAAAAUCUAAUUUACAAAGAGGACCAGAAAACAUGAGCUCUUCACUAACCUCCUUAGUACUUCUGGGGCAUUUAUUGAGUUUCAAAGGCAUUCCAAUGUUCUUUUAAAUCAGAAAUCAACAUUCUGGCACCAUUCACUAUUAUUACUGUCCUCUCGUUGUUCCAUGCUUUCUUUCUAUAGUGAAACACAAAACAGACAGAAAUUGCAAAAUAAAAUAGGCAGCAUUUUUAUACAGUUAAAGUCAAGUGGUCCGAGCUGCUUAAAGAACAAAAAACACCAGUAAAGUUACAUUUAGGCAAAAUAAUAAAAGUGAAAAAUACACACUAUAUUCCACUUAUACUAUACACAAUAGAUUUAUGUGAAGAACAGACAUCGUAGCUCUCUAUUUCUUAUUUACACAAUCUGCAUAUUCAUGAUUUCAAACCUGAUGCACCAAGUUUGAAUAUGUGCAUAGAAUUUGACAUUUUGAGUCUUUUUUCACACUUAGCUCUCAGAAGACUUUAAAUAUAGCAAUACAGUCCUAAAAAAAUCCUGUAAUUAGUUUUGCAUGCAUUAAGUAAAGUCAUGCAGUUUUGGAACAAUAUAAGGGCGAGUAAAUUAUGAUACAAUCUUAAUUUUCUACAUGUUACAUGCACUGUAUCCGAAUGAAUAUCAGCAGUGGACUAUAAUGACCAUAUCACUCGGUCCAAAUCCUAAAAAAAAAACAUGCAUACUUGCAAAAAAAAAAGUUUUUAUUUAGCUAAACAAAUGUUUAAUGUAUUAAUGUGUAAAAAGUUUAGCAGAGAUCCAGCUUGUUGUUAAUCGUUCGAUGUCUUUGCUUGAAUUCUAUGUAUGAAAGCAUAAUCAGCACUAUUUUAAGUGAGAAGUAUUUUAUGAGUUAUCAUUUUCUUUGCACUUUCUGAAUGUAUUUUAAGUUGCCGAAUGUUAGUUACUCAUCUGCGAAUCAGUAUUAGUAAUAUAUUGUUUGUUUUCAGUCUCUGUGUAUCAGUUAGGAUUUAUUCUGCUCUUUUCUGUAAUAUCUUUGAAUCAGAGAUUCAGUGAUCAAAACUGGUUGUUGACGAAUGUUUAAUGUGCAUAUACAUUGUGAUGUGUUUCCAUAUCAGGUGGUGUGUUUGUGUGUUUUGUGUCUCAGGUUUCCUGAGUGUGUAUGUGAGUGUGAAGUUCAAGUCUUAAAAAUGGAAAAACAUGGAGAACGACCGUAAAUUAUAGUGUCAAACAGGUAGUGGUCUGCUCAUAGAAGGCGUCAUGAUUUCUGUCUUUUAAACUAGGGAGUGAUCAGUUGUGAUGAAGAAUAAAAACUGUGCAAGCUGUCAUUAAAAAAGAUUUUUGUUCAGUU